UUUCUUGGAGCACCGAGCGUGAGCGGAGAAAGUUCUGCCGAGCACGGUGUCGCAGGACAGGAGAUCCAGAGAACUUUUCUGGGCUGAGGAAGCAUCUUUUCUUCGUGAAUUUUGAGAAGCCGCGGGAUCCGGGAUCAUUGAAAUCCUAAUUCCAUGAAGUCUCCGGGACCCAGCGCGCCCGCUGCCUCUGCGGCCUGGGCAGGUCACACCCCCGGUCCCAGCCUACUCCCGGGGCGCAGACCUUGGCCUAGGGGCUCGAAGACCCUCAAGUUUCAAGUUGUUGUCUUUCUGCUACUGAACUUCAUAAAUACAGUGACAGCCAACCCAAUUGGUGAUCACCCAGCUGACCCACAGAGAGUGGAGCAGAGCCCAUCAGAAGGAAACUGUACACGAGGCUACUACCUGCCAGUUGAGAACAGUGAUUGCAUGCCCUGCAAGAAUGGCAUAGAUUACACCAACUCUUCCAACAAUCUGGAUUCGUGCAUUCCCUGCAGCGUCUGUAAGGAAGAUAAAGAUGAAAAAACCAAGUGUACCACCACCAAAAACACGGAGUGUCAGUGCAAACCGGGAACCUUUGAAGAUGAAAACUCACCUGAGUUCUGCAAAAAAUGCUCUGAGUGUACCAACAAAGAAGUUGAAGAGACUCCCUGUACCCCAAAGACAAACCGGAAGUGUGUCCCCAAAGACUCUUACUUACACUUUUACAUAUGGCUGUUGUUUGUGUCCCUGGGGCUGAUAGUUGCUAUAGCUUUCAGUGUUUGGAAGACUGGGGUAUGGUGUGUGAAAGGAGCCUAUCCAGGCUGUGAACGGGAUUCUGAAAAUUCGAACACUGAGCGUUCGUCUCUGAGAGGGCAGACAUCCAACGAGGGAAAGGACUCUCACUACAGCCCUGCAGCGAAGGCCCCAGAGGAACCAGAGGUAGCUCCGGAGAAUUCUCCAAUGGGAAGGAAGUUUCUGGUUACAGUGAAUGAAAAUGAUUCAGUUGAUGAACAACCUCAUGUGGCAUAUGGACCUCACAGACAAUGACAUUCAAAUGGUCAGAGCUGCCUUGGAAGCUCCUGGAUGCCUUGGAAGCCAUAGGAGAGAGGUAUGCCCGGGACACCAUUGAAGACCAUGCAGUGAAAUCUGGGACGUUCAUUUAUCAAAAAGCUACAGCAGAGCCAGGCAUGACGCCACACAAC